CUACGGCCCGCGGGCCACAUCCGGCCCGCCGGAUGAACCUGACUUGCCCGUAUGAGGUCACUGGAAAAUAUUAAAAGUCAAUGCAAAUAUAUUUCAUCACAAUACAGGCAAACAAUACGCCUGCACUGCUUUUAUUUUGAAAGAUCUGCUAAAUUAACGUUUUUUCGCGCGUGCUUUCCAUACUUCACUGGUCGGUUUGUUGGUCAGCUUCAGCAAAAAACGGCAAAAAAGAAAGAUUGAUUCCGAAUGCAGAGUUUUUAACAAGGCGUGGACUUCCAAGUAUUUCUUCACUGAAGUCAGAGGUAAAGCUGUGGGCUAGUUUGUGGCGAACAGGUCGCGGUGCUCAAGGAUAUUAAUCUGAAUCGACAUUACAAGACCAAACAUGGCGGAGAAGUACAAACAUUUGAUGCAGAGCGGAGAGGAUAUCUGAAGGUUUGCUAGCUAAACUGCUAAAGCAGCAAUGACUUUGUUUUACCAAAGCUCACAUCAAGGGAUGCAGCAGUCAAGACGAGUUUUGUAAUAUUCUACAAAAUCGGCAAAAAACAGUAAGCCAUUCCCUGAUGGAGAGUUUAUAAAAGAAUGUCUGGUGGACUCUGCAGCGCUUCUAUGCCCGGAGAAAAAAGGAGCGUUCGUUAAUGUGCCCCUUUGGAGGCGAACCGUAACGAGGCGGGUGGAGAGCAGCGCCGAAAAUCUGGAGCUUCAGCUGCACAACAAAGUGGACGAUUUUGACGUUUUGUCCUUGGCUCUGGACGAGAGCUGUGAUGUCCGUGACACAGCCCAGUUACUCAUCUUUGUACGUGGACUAACGAAAACCUUUGAGAUGACGGAGGAGCUGGCAGCUGUGCAGCCAAUGAAAGGAACCACGACGGUUCACUGAGGCUUCUGCUCAUAUGAUGAAGAACAUUCCCUGUCCAAAAGGAGGUCACAUCCACCUGGCCAGCCUGCGAUGCUAUUGGCUGUCUGAGAUGACAUCUUCAUGGUUUGAAGCUCAGGACUCAUGCAAAGAGACUCCAGGAGGAAAUUUAGCAUCUGCUGACAGCCAAGAGCUGCAAAGUUUCAUCUUCUACUCUUUUCCAGUGAAAACCACAGUGUGGGUGUGGAUACAGCGAUUAGAAGGGGAGAGACCUGAGCAGGAUGGGGUUGUGGAGCCACAGAGGUGGGACAGAGGCAGUCAGAAGGUUUGCUCUCAGAUGGCAUUGGGAACACUGGGGAGGUGGAGGAAGGCUCAGUGUGCUGGACGAUACCUGUUCCUGUGUAAAAAGGAAAUCUCUGACUCUUUACCAUCUAUGGACAGUUACCUGACCGGGUUGGUUCUCUUGACUGGCGUCUAUGCUGAUAACAAGAUACAGGCUCUUUCCGGUGUCCCUGACAUUGGACAGCGCACAGUGGAGAUGCAGCUGUUCCCAGGUCUGUGGUUCAGUCAUGCAGGCCAUUUGGCGUCAGUGGAACUGGUGGUCCAACCCAGUGCUGUGUCUUCUGUGGCUCGUAUCCAGAUCCUUCGACCCUACUGCAACCCCAACCACCACCUUGUACCCCCAGGUUGCAGCUCUCUCCUGAACCCUUUCAGCUGCUGCUCAGCAGUACCUCUGUGUAACACCACAGGGGGCUGCAGCAUGGGCCAGUACUGGUGCCAUCUGCUGGAGGCCUGUGUCCCCACUACCAGUUCAUGCAGCCCCUACGAUGCAGCAGUGGUGGGCCGAGGCUUUACUUUACCUCCUCGAUACCCCGCACUGCCUCCCUUCUACCAUCUGGUGGCAGAUUUUCCUCUGAGAAUAAACCCCAGCUCUGAACUGAAAACUCUGAGUCUGCUUCUUCCAUCCUCCAUCAUGGUGUAUCCUGAUGACAUUGUGGCUGUGCAGCACACUCUUGACUCUGGAGCAUUUCUGCAUUGUCUAAAUGGUGAAGCCACUUUCAACUCACCCUGGCGCCAGAGCUACCUGUCCAUUAGGGGAACAGAGUGGGGAGGCUGGUUGGAAGGAGGCCUAACUUCACUGCCACAAGGGAGCAAGUGGGUGGACGGGGUGGUGUGUGACCUGAGGAUGCUGUAUGUGGACACGAUUCACAGAGCUACUGAGCAUGACGAUAUCUUUGACUACACUCACACAGAGACAACCACAGUCCCUGAUACUAGGUCCCCAACUGGAGGUCCGAACCCCAGUGUGAGAUCUAAAUUCAGACUUAAUGUCAUCCAUCCACUACCAGAUGACAAGAACCAGAUUCAUGUUCAAAUCAACAUCCCAACUCUCAUCAUUGUCAAAGCCCUGUUUGGAGAGAAAGCCAAGAGCUCAUGGUCAGCUCCAGUGCUCCAGACUGGGGUCCCCUUUCUUCCAUCUUGUCCUGAAGAAGUGGUUCAAUCUUCACCUGGCUGUAAGAAACAGUCCCAGGAUGUCUGGUUCUCCUCUGUGACUCUGUUGUUGCCAUCAGCUGGGGUUCAGAUGCUGAACAUCAGUGUGAUGGAUGUAGAGAGCUUUCAGAGUGUGAGAGUGAAGGUUUGUGGAUAUGAGAAAGUGGCUGGCCUUACUGUUGAGCCACAUGGAUGCCUGAGGAUGCUUGUAGACACAUCACAGUCAUUUACAGCCAAAGUGGAGAGUGGCUCCUCAGUAAAAUUCACAUGGGUGAUUGACAACCUGGAAAAGUUUGCCAAUGAAGGGGAGUCCUACAGUGUAAUGUUCAAGAAGCCUGCAGAGUAUAAGCUCCGGGUGACAGCAUCGAACCCUGUGAGCUCUCAGAACCAGCAAAUCCUCCUAACUGCUGAUGAAAAGGCACCACUGGCUGAACCCGAGUUCCUGUCUGUCGGGGAGGUUGUAGCUGUGGAUGCUGCUCAUGUCUACACCAUCAGGGUCAAAGUGGAUAUCUCUCUACCAGUUACCUUUAGGUGGGAUUUCGGGGACGGCGGUGAUACUGUCAUCCACACCCAGUCUGCUCCAUGUCAGACCAUGGAAGAGAAUGUGAAAAGAGGAGAGAGUCAGGUGUAUGUCCAGGAUUCAGUGAACUAUGCCUAUCCAAUCCCAGGGAACUACACGCUUCAUGUGCACAUCUCUAAUCAGUUUGACAACGCCAAUGCAUCCAUGAAGAUAAAUGUCUGCCCUCUGUUAAAAAGCCUCCUCAUUUCUACUUCCACUUUGAUGCCCCUCGUCAAACAGACUGUCCAUCUGGAAGCUUCCAUCCAGCCCUCUGAUUUUACAGUCUUCUACACAUGGAAUUAUAGUGAUGGUGCCAAAGCUGUCCAAAACAACCAUCGUAAAGUCAGCCACAGUUUUGGAUCUGCUGGAGUUUACAACAUCACAGUGUGUGCCAGCAAUACUCUUAGUUCUCUGACAGCCUGGCUAGUGGUGGUUGUAAUGGAGAAAAUCUCUGGAUUAACUGUCACCUACAGCGGACCAAGUGAAGUAGGUUCUGCUACGCAUUUCAAAGCUAAAGCUGCCACUGGUACCGGUCUCAAAUGGGAUUUUGACUUUGGUGAUGGGUCCCUGCAGGAAAAUCUUACAGAUGGUUCCGUCUCCCACAUCUAUAAGUUCCCAAGUAACUAUACAGUAGAUGUAACUGUCUCUAAUUCUGUCAGCCAGGCUCAUCAGUCUAUCACUGUUGAGGUCUAUAGUUUGAUUAUUAAUGGAAUUUUCCCAACAGAAUGUGUCAUGAGUGGAAAAAACACACAGUUUGCUGCUGUGGUAAAUGGAAACAUAUCCAGUUUGACUUUCCACUGGCUGUUCGGAGAGGAUUCCUUUUUGACUGUAGUGACAGGACGUUCAACAGCCAUGCAUACAUUUUCAAACUAUGGGAUUUUUCAUGUUAAUCUAACUGUAUUUAGCUCCAUUACAUCUGUGGCAUUUAGUACAGUUAUCUGUGUUGAGAGUCCAAUAACUAACAUUGAGCUGCAGUCAUCAAAAGAUGUAGUGGCUAUUGGAGAAGAGGUGUGCUUCAGAGUGUUAGUUUCUCCUGAACAAAUGACAGGCUACCAAUUUAUGUGGUUGAGCAAGUCAUCUGGGCUCGCUGCUGUGACAGAACACUCUCAGAAGUGUCUUGUCUUUAAAGAUGAAGGUGUUGAAGAGGUGUCUGUAAUGGUGAGAAACAAAGUCAGCACCAAAACUGCCAAAGCUGAUAUCACCAUCCAAAAACCUGUGAGUAAGUGUUCUGUUGUGCACGGUGGUCAAAGUGACACACUGACAGUCAAUACAUUAGCUUCCUUUUGGGUUUUGAGUUGCACUGGCAGCAAUGUGUCAGUGCUAUGGGACUUUGGAGAUGGAUCUCCAGUGGAGCAGAAGCACAACAUAUCACAUGUUUUUACCUCCGCGGGUCAAUUCACAGUCACUGCCACAGCAUUUAACGCUGUUAGUCAGGAUUCUGCAACCGUCAAAGUGAAUGUUUUACUCCCUGUUUCAGAUCUUUCACUUCAAACCAACCAUCCUUAUGCUGCGGUAGGAGAGGAAACUCUAAUCACAGCAGUUUGCAGUUCUCUUAGCAACACAACCUACUACUGGACAGUGGAAAGUAUAACUUCAACCAAACAGGGGACUUAUCAGUUUAGAUUUAUUUUCCCCAAACCAGGAGUAUACCAAGUAAAGGUUAUAGCACAGAACUUAGUGAGUAGAAUGGAGGCCGCUAUUUUAAUUGAGGUCUUUGAAAGAAUAGACGGCCUGCAAAUUGAAUGUCAAAACCUGACAAAUAAGAAAUAUGUAUCAACCUUCAAGGACCUGCCCUUUAUUGCUGCAGUCACUAAAGGCUCCAACGUCACUUAUCACUGGCUUGUUACACAGAGCAAUGUCAACCGACAAAUUACAGGUGAAGGAAAGCUUUUUCAUGUGUUAGCUGAAAGUCCUGGCAGUAUUUCAGUUCAGCUCAAAGCUUCUAAUAUCUUGGGGGAGGUCCACAGCAGUAUUUCUGUAGUGGCAGUAGAGCGUGUAAGAAGUGCACACAUAGCAACACUUUCAAACAUUGUGGCAUUGGGAAAAUUAGUGAACAUCUCUGUAUUUGUGGAUAUAGGGUCGGACCUGCAGUACUUUUGGUAUGUGAACACAAAUCUUUCACCUAUGCAGACACAUGUACCCUUUCUUCUCCACACUUUCACAAGUCUGGGUCAGUGCUUUGUCACAGUUUCAGUUAAGAAUUUUGUUAGCCAGAGUAAUGACACCAAACAGUUUUUGGUUCAGGAAGAGGUACAAGGUCUGGACUUUCAAAUCAACAGCAGGAAACAUUCAUUUUACGUCAAUGCAAGUGCAGCUCUCUCUUUUCAUGGAAUCAUCCACAAGGGUAGUGAUCUGCAUUGGGACUGGACAGUUGGAACUGCCAAACAGAAUCUAUUUACCUCAACGAGUCAAACCUUUAUCUACAGGUUUCCACAUGCAGGAAUCCACCAGGUGUAUUUGAAUGUUUCCAAUAGAAUAAGUUGGCAGAUGGUUUCACACAGUGUCACAGUCCAGGAAUCAAUCAAAGGUCUUCUGCUAAACAUUAGCAAGUCCUCUUUAUGCUUUGGGGAACAAGUUGUGAUCUUCCCAUCAAUCUCCAAAGGAAGCAAUGUAAGUUUUGAAAUAACAUUCCAAAACAAAGACUGGAUUCAUAGACAGAAUAUUUCUAAAGGCCACUUUAGCACAUCAAGCCUUCCAGUUGGGAAACACCUAGUUACAGUACAAGCUUUGAACCAGGUCAGUAGUGCCGAGACAUCAUCUAGCAUUAUAGUAAGCGAGCCUAUUCAAGGUUUGCGACUUGUAAACUGUUGUUUCACAACUUUAGAGGCUCUAAAAGGAAUCCAGUUAAAGGCAGAAGUUCAAAGUGGGUUUCCAGUUGACUAUAGCUGGAUGUUUCACUUGGGGAGUUCUGAGCUUGUGAAGCUCAUGGGACAGGAAGUGACCUUUACUCCACCAGAGAGUGGUUCAUUGUCUGUUAGCGUGCUAGCCAGCCAUGGAGUCUGCACCGAGACGAUAAAUGAUACUCUAACAGUUGAGUGGCCUGUUAAGAAAAUCAGAGUUUCCUGUCAUUCAGAGAAAAUAUUUGUUGGCCAUGCUGUCAGGUUUUCUGCAACAGUGAAAGAAGGAAACAAUGUCAGAUACCUCUGGGACUUUGGAGAUUCUUCAGAAGUGUUGGUGACAGACUCCAAAGCUGUCAAUCAUACUUAUUAUUCCACUGGGAAAUACAGUGUUGUGGUCAAAGCACUUAACGAUGUCAGCCAUGUGUCCACACAGCUGCACAUGGAGGUGGAGGAGCUGCAGUGUUCAAACCCUCAGGCCUCCCUGCUCCAGAGUGAGUCUACUAUCUUCAAGUCUAGACCAAGUUUCUUUGAAGCAAGUGUGGACAUUAACUGCUCUGCUUACAAGACUAAAUAUCUCUGGGAGAUAUUCAGAGAGUCAAAUGGCACCAAAGGCAACCCAGGGAAUACAAUUGCUCUGAAAAAUCAAGAGGAUACAACUUCACCUUUUCUCUUACUUCCAAAGCAUGCUCUCAAUGUGGGACACUAUUUCCUGGUAUUUACAGUUUCUUUCCAUGGAACUCCUCUCCUCAUCCAACGGAAGACCAGCAUCACAGUGGUCCACUCUCCAUUAGUAGCCAUCAUCAAGGGAGGCUCCCACCGACUGUGGCCAAGCCUUAGUGAUCUUGUGCUAGAUGGAUCAGAGUGCCAUGACCCUGAUAUAGAGUCAGGAGUAGAGGAUGCACUGCAGUACCACUGGGCCUGGAUGACAGCGAACUCCACAGAGUCUCCUUUUGGAAAGCAGCCCACUGGGAGUAUCAGCAGCAGGAUGACGGUACUCAGCUCUCAGCUGCACUCAGACACAGUUUACAUUUUCACCCUGACCGUGCACAAGAAAGGAAGGAGACCUGUCUCAGUCAACCAGACAGUAACUGUGACUGAAACUCCGGUGCUUCCUGUGACUGUACAGUGUGUGUCCUGUUCUGUCCAGUCUCACGCUACACAAAUCAGCUACAACACCCCUAUUGUCCUUGUUGGACAAUGCGAACAAUGUGACGGCCAAGCUCAGUACAAAUGGAGCGCUCAGGACCAGAGCGGCCUGACCCUUGAUCUUGAUGAAGUCAAUACCUCUGCAGGGAGAUAUUCUCCUAAGUUAGUGGUGCGUUCAGGUGUCUUGCAGCCAGGGCAGAGCUAUUCCUUUGCUCUUGAUGUAUCCCAGCCUGGCAAUGGGCAUUUGGGCAGCGCCAGCCAAAUGAUACGAUCCAACAGUUCACCACAUGGCGGCCAGUGUGAUCUGAGUCCAGAGUCAGAUAUACAGUUGCUGGAGACAGUGGUCACAUACAGCUGUUCAGGGUGGCGGCAACCUGAUGAAAGUAUGACCUCUCAGCUCAUCUAUACCUUCCAAGUGGCAUCAUGCCAGCCCAUUAGCACUGUGUGCCCACUGCUCACUAUCUAUAGGGGUACUCGCUCAACAUUCAGCAGCCUGGUCCCAAUGGGAAGUCCUGGGCAGCAAAAGAACAUGUCAGUUAUUACUCUCAUUCUGCUGGUAGAAGACCAUCUGGGUGCAAAGGUCCUAGCUCUGAACAGAACACUGACUGUUGAAAAUCACAAAAGUGGUGAAGUUGCCAGUCAAUGGCUCAGAAUCAAGAGUCAGACAGAACUGUGGGCUUUAGUCCAACAUGGCAACCCUCAGGAGAUUGUCCCUUACUCCAUCGCGCUUACAAGCAAGCUUAAUCAGAUGGAGUCUAAAUGGACUGCAGAGGAACUCAUGGACAGGAGGGAGAUCCGUGAAAACGUGACCAAGGCUCUCACUUCUCUCCCUGUGUCCUCCUUGCUGGAUGUUGAUCAGAUCAGCUCGGCACUUUCACAAUCUACUGCGGUUCCCAGUGAGCUGAUAUGUGAGCGCUGUCAUGAGAAGGUUUUAGAAGCUGUGGGGAAGAUGAUCCAUGUUAUAGAGGAGCAGAUGAGCCCCGCUGUUUUACCAGCUGUUGACACAGGAAGAAACAUCCUUAAUGUUAUAGGUAGCACCCUGGCUGCCGUGUCUGAGUCAGUCAGUGCUUCCAGUUCUCACCCAGCCUACUCAAGCUCUCUGCAGGCGGCUUCAGUGAUCGCCUUGUCAGCGCUGAGCCAUGCUGGAGCCCUGAUGCGCACCCUGAUGCAUUCUCGUGUUCAUGAGGAGGCGCCACUUUCGCUUGACACCAACUACAUCCACACAGUUGGUUUCCAAGGAGACCCCUCUGACCUCCUCUGCACUCAUCAGUUAGGCUGGUCCAGCCAACACCUCAUCACUUCCUCUCAGUCAUCAUCACCCAACGGAGAUGAAAGUUCUCACCCAUGCCAAUUUUACAUCCCCACAUCACUUACUGCCCAUCUGAAGAGUCAGAGGUCUGAUGUGGUACAGGUGUUGUUUGAUGUUCACGGAGCUCUGGAGUCCAACCCUUUGCUGACAGCGGCCAACCCUCCGAUCUCCACCGCUCUGGUUGCCAUGGAGCUCACCACUCCACAGGGUGAACCCGUAUCCAUCCAGGAUCUGGACCCUGAACAGGCCAUACGGGUCACCCUGCCCAACAAGUACCCUGUGGAACAGGGUGAUGGAGGAGAUGGGAGAGAAGGCGACAUUGGUAAUGGGACAUGUCUUAUUGUGACGCUCCCCACUGAAGGACGGUUGAAUUUCACAGUAAAAGCUCUGGAUGACCUGGAUGAAAAUGCGGGUUUAUAUAUCUCCUUCAACUUCAGCCUGGCUCCAGUGAGCGUGGGACAUGUCAAGACAGAAGUGAGCUCUGCAGUGCCGGGGACUAAUGCCUCCCGGGAUUCCCUGGUGAGAGAGUGGGAUCUUCCUCUUUCUGGUCUGGCCGGCUCCUCAGAGGAAACUAUCUUUCUGUCUCCACUUCUGAAUGGAACAGACCAGCCUCUGUCCGUCAACCUGACCUCCUCUCUGGUCGACGGCGGUCCUGUCCGUGUGUCGGUGUGCGUGUUCAGCUCCCUGUGCCAGUACUACAGUGUGAAGGAGAGGAGGUGGAGCAGUGACGGUCUGCAGCCACUGGAGGGCAGCACACUCCACACAGCCCACUGCCUCACCCAGCACCUCACCAUGUUUGGGGCCAGUUUGUUUGUUCAUCCUGGGGCCGUCGUUCUGCUGCCACCAUCAGGAGGACCCAUGCGGAACAUGGUAGUAGGGAUUGUGUGUGCUGUCCUGGUUUUAAUUCACUUGCUGGUGGGGCUCAUCGCCCACAAACUGGACCACUUGGACAGCCUCAGACUGAGCCAGGUCCCUCUGUGUGGCCGACCGGGCCUGUACCACUACAGAGUUCUGGUCAAGACAGGCUGGAGGCCAGGAGCAGGCACCACAGCCCAUGUUGGCAUCAGUCUGUAUGGUGUGAACAAGAGCGGCUCUCGCCAUCUGCAGAGGGAUGGGGCUUUUCAGCGUGGCAGUCUGAACCAGUUUCACAUGGAGACAGACAACAACCUGGGAGAGGUUUGGAAAAUUCGGAUCUGGCACGAUAACACAGGUUUGGACCCGUCGUGGUACGUUCAGCAUGUGGUGGUAUGGGACCCUCAGACAGACCACAUGUUCUUCUUCCUGGUGGAGGACUGGCUCUCUGUGGAGAACCAGAAGAACGGCACAGUGGAGAAGGAAGUUCUAGCCUCAUGUCCAGAGGAACUCACUCAGUUUGGACGGGUACUCACCUCCCAGCUCAUGUUUGGGAUGGUGGAGCGCCACCUGUGGCUGUCGCUGUGGCAACGUCCAGCUCACGGCUCCUUCACCAGAGGUCAGAGGGUCACCUGCAGCGCCCUCCUGCUGCACCUCUACCUGGCGCUGGGAGCUCUGUGGUAUGGAGCUGUCAGCACUGAAGGGCACAGUGGGCCGGUGUCGUCCCAUCUGCUGGUUAACAUAGAGACGGUUGCCGUGGGGAUGACUGUUGCCAUGCUGGUGUUUCCUCUUCAGUGUUUCCUCUGUUUCCUAUUUAGAAAAGCUCACUGUCAGGUAACAGUGGACAUGUCAGCUCCUCCCUCUCCGGUUUGUCACUCUGUGGAGAUGGACGUCUACCUCGGCCAGUCAGAGCUCUCUGGUCCUUCCUUUCUGUCUCUUCCAGAUUCAUCUGGUCCAGUCCGAGACAGUCAUUCAUCCUUGCUGGAGAGCAAGGUGUUAAACUCUAGCAUCCUGGACUUCUGGGCUGCCUCUGGCUUGGCGCCCCAAACAGAUGGAGCAUAUCAAGAGGAGGGCGUAGUGGCAUGGCCCUCGUGUGACAGCCUCCUCAAUCUACCAGCAGGUUCACGCCCCACAAAGACAACCCUUUCCCCCAGCCUCUGCAAGUCUUCACCUUUGCAGGGCCCUACACGCCAGCUGAGACGGAAAAAGGCGUUGAUGCAACUCCACCUGAGCUCACCCAUCUCCCCCGUCUCUCCCACUACUCUGUUCUCUUCCUCUUGCACAUUUUCCCACACUGAAGACAUUUCUAGUUCUCGCAUCUUUUCUGCUGAACCAGGCCGGAAGUCUCUUAAUCUGAAUCCCACACCAGUUCAACUUUACAACCACAAUCUGACCACGCUUCUGACUCUAUCUGAGGAGGAUCUGCUAAUGUCUAUAGCAGCAGCAGAAGACACAGCAGAUGCAACCAAUGGCAACUCAGACAGCGGCCGGGACUCCUCUAGAACCACAUCCUCGUUCUCAACUAUAUGCAGCACCUCCUGCAGCAGCUGGUCAGAGCAGAGUGAGGAUAAAUCUCUGUAUGGAGCAGAGAUCGGUAAACCAGAGCUUCAGUCCUACCCCUCGCUGUGCGGGGCAGGGCUCUAUAAGUGUCCGUCUGUGAUUUCUGUGGACUCAGUGGCCAGCACCUUCCUGCCAAGUCCUUCUCCUGACUCCACUCGUUCCUCCUCUACAACACGUAUAGGUGUUGCUCGCGGUCAGCCCAGCAGGCUGCUCCCUCCCUGGGCCUUAUGUGUGAUUUACCCCCUGGUGGCUGUUCUGCUGGGAGCCUGUCUGGCAGUGGUGGGGCUCUAUGGAAGUUUUUUUUCCAGAAGGGUAGUACUCAUGUGGCUGGUGUCCGCUCUCUCUGCCUUUCUCACCUCUGCUCUGCUGCUGGAACCUCUCAAGGUGUGUGCGCAGGCCUUGAUCUACACAGUGGCGUGGAGGCCGGUGGAUCCAGAGGUGGAGGAGCAGCUGGCUCAGGAGACCACCGUGGUAAGGGCAUUCGGAGAGCAUAGUGGGAAGGUUCAACCUCCGUGCGGAUACGGGCUGCUGCAGGCGAAAGAGGAAGCCCGCAAAGUCCGAGCUCUGCGGUCGCUCAUGAUGCACUGUGUGUGCCAGCUGUUGUUUCUGUUGCUGGUGCUGAUGGUGAACUACCAGGACAGGAUGGAGCAGAGUCAGGGUCGACUGCUGCACUCCGCUGUCAGAAGACGCCUUCACACAGCACCCUUGGGCUUCCCUAACCUCACCUCGCUCAGAGACUGGUCAGAUGCAGAGCAGUGGAUCAGUCACACCUUGGUACCACACCUCCAUCAAAACCCCACCUUGCUCCUUGUGGGGUUACCACAGCUGCAGUACACAGAUACACAAAGUUCCCCGGCAGUCAACCUUCUGGGAAACAACAGUGUAACAACACACCAACUCCUAGCCGACACAUGGCGCAUGGCAGGGACUAGCAAGGAGCAGUUGAAAACUCUCUCCAUAGACUUCACCCACUACCACAGAGAGUCCGGUUUAUUUAUGAUUGUGUCUAUACAAUUAGCGUGGGCUCGGGCACAAGGGGUCACUCCCUUCCUCUUCAUCCAUCCACUCCUCAUCCCUUCAUCUGUCUCAGGACCGGACCUUCAGGUGGCACUCACGGUUCUUCUUCUCCUCUCUGCUCUUAUCAUCUUCUUUGGGGAGCUGUGGUCUAUGGCAACUGAGCGUGCUCAGUAUCUGUUUCCAUUCCAUCACUGGUUCCAACUCCUCCUGGCCUUCUUAUCACUGACAACAGCUAUGGUGCAGCUCUGCUUCCUGUCUCUUGCCUCUUCAUGCGUUUCCAAGCUGCGUUCCCAUCCAGACAGCUUCAUCCACUUCCACACUGCAGCACUUCUGGCACAGACGUCUUCUCAGUGUGCAGCUGUCCUGCUCACUCUGCUGGUUUUAAAGCUGCUGGGAACCUUGAGGUUUGUGCGGAGGUGGGUGGUGAUAGGCAGAGUGCUGCAGAGAGCCUGGAGGGAGCUGUGGGCUCUGACUGUCCUAGUACUGCUGCUGCUGCUGCUCUGCACUCACCUCGGAAACACACUUUUUUCCAGGUCAGUGGAAGGUUUUGUGUCUAUACAUCAGGCUGGUGUCUCAUUGCUGUCCAUCCUUCGUGGCCACAUGGUGCUCCAGAGACUGUGCAAGGUCCACCCAGUCCUGGGUCCUCUCUAUGGGCUACUACUGAUGGGUGGAGGUGUGUGGCUCAUGGCCCGACUCUGUGGAGCUGUCCUCAUCCGUGCAUACAGGGCAGAGCAGGCUGAGCUAUUUCAUCCAGCCAUUGAACCUCAGGACUAUGAAAUGGUUGAGUUCUUUAUCAAGAGACUCAAGCUGUGGAUGGGACUCACCAAGGCUAAACAGUUCAGACACAGGGUGAAGUUUGAAGACAUGGAAAUCCCUCCUUCUAGGUCUUCACAGGAGUCACAUCUCUCCACCUUGUCUUCCACCCUACCUUCUUCCCACUCCCCUUCUCUGUUCUCCCUAUUUUCAUCCCCCUGUCCUCUGUCCUCAGCUCUCUCCAUUAGAUCUGAGGACUCAUUAGUGUCCAAUCCUGGCUCUGAAGUCCAGCCUUACCUGGACAACCUGCUGCCCUGCGUCAAUGCUCUGCUGUCUCGAUUUGAUCGGGUCAACCAGAUCACUGAAGACAUUCACAACCUGGAAAUUAAACUAGAGGAGGUGCAGGCCAGGAGAAGGAAGGCAUGGAUAAAGAACAAAAAGGAAAAUGAAGGAAUAUUUGGAGAGUUGGGGAAACCAAAGGAACCAGAUGAAAGGAGAAUAAUGGGAGAAGUUAGACACAGGAAGAUAGGUCUUCUUUACCCCAGGCCACGAGUCUCCCUUCCAUCCUCAUUUUCAUUCACUCCCUCCACAUUUCAGCCCUCUUUUGCACCGACUUGCAUUUUUCCCCAUACACGCAACUCCUACUCUGAGUCUGAGUCAGUAUCACUCCAGUCUCAGCCAUUUAGUGAAGCACGUUCAUCUGAAGCUGCCAAGCUUGCACUUGGAAACUUUGGGUUGUGUGCAGGUUCGCCUGGGUUCGGCAGGUUCCCCAGAAGAAGAGCAUGGUAUUCUGGGAGCUCUCAUUCAGCUGAUGCUACACAGAGGUUCUUACAGCUACAAGGAGUAGUUUUAUGUAGAAAUGGUGGAGAAAAUGUAGCAUUCGCUAACGCCAGACCCAGAAGUGAGGAGGGGGUAAGAAGGCAAAUCAGUGAUGGAGUUCCGGUGAAGAGGAAGGCUUGGAUUUCUGAAGGACCAGAGACUGAGUAAGACGAAAUACUGAAUGUGUUCAUAAACGUGCAGUGUGAACACAUUCACACUGCUCAAUCUGAAUGAAUCUGGUUGGCAACAGAGGCACUGACUUGCAGCUACAAAGUGCGAAACAGCUGGACUGUAUUUGUUACUUCUUCGACACUGCAUAAUGCAACACUGUUCGAAUGAGUGGACAGACUGCAUUGUGGUAACAGGUGCUCUUCAGGCAAAAUGAAAUGGGCACUAUUGUAUUUUACACAUGGAGAUGAGUUUAGUCAUUAUGAGGGGUACGACUUCUUCAAGGAUUCUCUGGUUUUUUGACAAGACUGAAAUUUAAAAAACAAAACACUGAUGAGAUAGAAAGGGAGAUUGAAACACACUCUUUUAUAUCACAUUCUGAACUCAUCCAUAAGAAACUACUUCAAGUUCUUAGGGUAAAGUCUUUACUGCUGUUUUUUUAACCUAACAAUAUUAUAUAUUACAACUACCAUGCAAUUAUGAUAUUUCUUAUGACAAGAGACACUGUAAAUGUUUUGCUCCCCAUACAAAUAAGACAUGCAGCCAUUUGGUGCAGAAGUUGGUGUAUGUUUAAUGUUUUUUAAUAUUAUUCCUCGAAACACACAGUAAACACUUUGCUAUAGCA